AUGUGGAGCGACACUGCGAUUCCUGAUCUUGCUGGGAAAGUUGCAUUAGUGACAGGAGGAAAUGCAGGAAUUGGACUACAAACGGUCAAGCAGUUAGCAUUGCAUGGUGCUAAGGUGUAUCUGGGAGCCAGAUCUGAAUCUCGAGCAAAACAAGCAAUCGACAGCAUCCUUUCUGAAUACCAAACCAUUAAUAAAGAGCAUAUCAUAUGGCUGCCUCUAGAUCUUUCUAAACCAUCCAAUAUUGUGGAGGCUGCUCGGUUGCUUUCAUCUUGGGAGAACAGAUUAGAUAUCCUGAUCAAUAACGCAGGUAUUGCCGCUGAGGAUUUCACAACUACUGCAGAAGGAUUUGAGUUUACAAUUGCUGUGAAUCACAUUGGCCAUUUCGUCUUAACCACAAAUCUCCUGCCACUUCUUAAAGAAACGGCGUCUCAAGUUGGCUCCGAUGUGCGUGUUGUAACAAUAAGCUCUUCUGCCGAGAGGUUUGCGCCGAAACAUAAUGUCUUUGCGACAGCCAAAGAUCUUUGUGAUCCUGGAACGACGAAUCCGAAUGACUAUACUUCACGAAAGACUGUCUUUAGCCGCUAUGGUGCUAGUAAACUAGCCAAUAUUCUCUUUACAAGGGAAUUGCAAAGGCGACUGGAUCAGGAAGAAGUUAAAAUUAUUGCUCUGACACUUGAUCCUGGCCCAGUUGCUACUGAUGGUGGCAUGGGUGUGUUUCCUGGUUUUCUGAAGCCAGUUCUAAAAUUAGUGAUGAAGAGCCCUGAAAAGGGUGCCCUGAAUCAACUCUUUUGCGCAACUGCAAAGGAAGUUGCAAAUGAGCCACACACAUAUAAAGGCAAAUUUCUGAGCGCGCCAGGGAAGAUCAAUCCUGGAUCGGAAAGAUCACGUAAUAGUGAGUUGGCUCAGUCGCUUUGGCGGAUUACAGAGGAAGCUUUAAGAACAGCCGGAAUUUCUUAA